CUUCCUAGAAACAGCUCAACCCUGCCUGAACUUUCCCUGUAAACACAGCUCGCUGACAGAACGGCAUCCCUGCUGGGUGGAUCCUGCAACUCCUGGAGGGAAUGGCACUUCUUGUUUUUAAUUAGCAAGGUGAAAGGUGAAUUAAAACUAGCUGUUUGGCAAGUCAGUGCAAAGACUGACCGGAGAGUCAGAAGAGAAAAGAGCUCCACAGGGAAGGCAGUGCGUGUGCUCUGGGAUUGUUUCUGGUUUUUUUUUUUUUUUUUUCCUUUUCUGAAUGAAGCGCUUGCCGAAGUGACUUAAAAAAAAAAAAAAAAGAAUUACAAUUUCCCCCUGAGUCUGUCCGCAUAGUUGCUGAAGAGAGCUCUGGACAGGACAUGGCUCUGAAGGCUCACUCCUUGGAAUGUCCUCUUGCUCCUGGCUUAUAAACAACUGUCUUCAGGGAAGAAAGGUUUUACAUAUUCCGAAUACAGCCUGACAAAUGGCACUUUGGGACUGUGCUUUCUGAUGACAACGCGUUCGAUUUCUGACAAAGCCUCUCACGCGCUGCCCCUGGAGGGGAGUCCUAAGUAAAACUCAGACCCACCUGAAAGUGAGGAUCGGAGGGGCGCCCGGCGAGCCCGGGGAGCACCGAGCACGGCAGCAUGGCAUCAGCUGCGAACCUUGUCACCUGGCUCCUGUGGGGUUACUUACAGGAGCUCUGGAUAGGAGGGCACACGGCUGAUAGCCCUCACCCCCGCUUACGUCUGUCACAUAAAGAACUCUUGGAUCUAAAUCGAACAUCGAUCUUUCAUAGCCCUUUUGGGUUUCUUGAUCUCCAUGCUAUGCUGCUGGAUGAGUAUCAGGAGAGACUCUUCGUGGGAGGCAAGGAUCUUGUGUAUUCUCUCAGCCUGGAACAAAUAAGCAAUGGCUAUCAAGAGAUACACUGGCCUAGUACGGCACUAAAAAUAGAAGAAUGCAUAAUGAAAGGAAAAGAUGCGAGUGAAUGCGCAAAUUAUGUUCGGGUUUUGCAUCACUACAAUAGGACACACCUUCUGACCUGUGGUACUGGAGCCUUUGACCCACUUUGUGCCUUCAUCAGGGUUGGAUACCAUUUGGAAGAUCCCCUGUUUCAUCUGGAACCACAGAGGUCUGAAAGAGGAAGGGGCAGAUGUCCUUUCGAUCCCAGCUCCUCCUUCAUCUCCACCUUAGUUGGUAGUGAAUUAUUUACUGGACUCUACAGUGAUUACUGGGGCAGAGACGCUGCAGUCUUCCGGAGCAUGGGGCGACUGGCUCACAUUCGCACCGAGCAUGACGACGAGCGUCUGUUGAAAGAACCAAAAUUUGUAGGUUCAUAUCUGAUUCCCGACAACGAAGACCGAGAUGACAACAAAGUGUAUUUCUUCUUUACCGAGAAGGCCCUGGAGGCAGAGAGCAACGCACAUGCAAUUUACGCCAGAGUGGGGAGACUCUGUGUGAAUGAUGUAGGAGGACAGAGGAUACUGGUGAAUAAGUUCAGCACUAUACUAAAAGCCAGACUGGUCUGCUCAGUACCAGGCAUGAAUGGAAUUGACACCUAUUUUGAUGAAUUAGAGGAUAUUUUCUUGCUGCACACCAGAGAUCAUAAGAACCCAGUGAUAUUUGGACUCUUUAACACUACCAGUAAUAUAUUUAGAGGGCAUGCAAUAUGUGUCUAUCAUAUGUCUAGCAUCCGGGCAGCCUUUAAUGGACCGUACGCACAUAAGGAAGGACCUGAAUACCACUGGUCACUCUAUGAAGGAAGAGUCCCUUAUCCAAGGCCUGGUUCCUGUGCCAGCAAAGUGAAUGGUGGGAGAUACGGAACCACCAAAGACUACCCCGAUGAUGCCAUUCGAUUUGCAAGAAGCCAUCCACUUAUGUACCAGUCCAUAAAACCUGCCCAUAAAAAACCAAUCCUGGUAAAAACAGAUGGAAGAUAUAACCUGAAACAAAUAGCAGUGGAUCGAGUGGAAGCCGAGGAUGGUCAAUACGAUGUCUUGUUCAUUGGGACAGAUAAUGGAAUUGUUCUGAAAGUAAUCACAAUUUAUAACCAAGAGACAGAGUCAAUGGAAGAAGUAAUUCUAGAAGAACUUCAGAUAUUCAAGGACCCAGUUCCUAUUAUUUCUAUGGAGAUUUCUUCAAAGAGACAACAGCUGUAUAUUGGAUCGGCUUCUGCUGUGGCCCAAGUCAGAUUCCAUCAGUGCGACAUGUACGGAAGUGCUUGUGCUGAUUGCUGCCUGGCUCGAGACCCUUACUGUGCCUGGGAUGGCAUAUCCUGUUCCCGGUAUUACCCGACAGGCACCCAUGCAAAGAGGCGGUUCCGCAGACAAGAUGUUCGGCACGGAAAUGCCGCUCAGCAAUGCUUUGGACAGCAAUUCAUCGGGGAUGCUUUGGAUAAGACUGAAGAGCGACUGGCCUAUGGCAUAGAGAACAACAGCACGUUGCUGGAAUGUACCCCACGAUCUUUGCAAGCAAAAGUUAUCUGGUUUGUACAGAAAGGACGUGAUGGAAGGAAAGAGGAGGUGAAGACAGACGACAGAGUGGUUAAGAUGGACCUCGGUUUACUCUUCCUGAGGGUUCGCAAAAUGGAUGCUGGGACCUAUUUUUGCCAGACCAUAGAGCACGAUUUUGUCCAUACCGUCCGUAAAAUUACCCUGGAGGUAGUGGACGAGGAGAGAGUAGAGGAAAUGUUCCACAAAGACUAUGAAGAGGACGGGCCCCACAAGAUGCCCUGUCCAGUCCAGACCAGCCUCCCACACGGGGCAAAACCCUGGUAUAAAGAAUUCUUGCAGCUGAUUGGUUACAGCAACUUCCAGAGAGUGGAAGAAUACUGUGAAAAGGUCUGGUGCACAGAUAAGAAGAGGAAAAAGCUCAAAAUGUCGCCUUCCAAGUGGAAAUAUGCCAACCCACAGGAAAAGAAGCUGCGUCCCAAAGCCGAGCACUAUCGCCUGCCCAGGCACACCCUGGACUCCUGAGGGGGCGAAACCGUCUGCUGGCUUCUGGAGAAUUUCUGUUUGGAACCGAAAAUAAACAGGACGACCAGGGCCACAAGGAAGAGAAACCACUCAGCUUUCUUUGUAUUGCUUAAAAGAGUUCUGUAACACAGAAAUGACUGUGAAGGUAUUAUGAUAAAUUAUUCUAUGUACUCAUUGGACUGGUUAAAAAUCUCAUAAAAUUAACUAAUUUUUCGGAACAAAUGUAUUCCUCAGUGGCUUCCCACUAUAUUUACCAAAAAGUGACCCUAGCUGUAGUUUUGAGUACUUGGCUGCUUUUCCUUAACAGUUAUUAUUUUACCCUUGGAAGACUUGGGAUUACUGGAAUAUUGGUGAAAAAUCAAGAGAUUUUCAUAAGCAUGAAAAAAAAUGAAAUAUAUAUUUUAAUCUUUAUGAAUUCUAUCUUUCCUCCACGAUGUAAAAUAUACAGAAUAUCCAGUACUUUAACGUUCUCAUAUGAGCUGUCUGUACUUUUUAAGAAUUCUCGUGUUAGUAUCUAAGCUAUGUGUUGUAUGAAGCAGGUGUGUUGUAAUUAUCGUAAACCAUGAAAGAAAAAUUGUGGUCACCUUGAGGUUCGUGCCCUUCAUAAAACAAUCCAUUCAUUUCCAUUUACGAUAGUUACAUUUCAUGAUGAAAACACGUCCUUUCAAUUUCACUCCACAGCAUAAAGAAUGAAGUUAAGGUAACUUCCAAUUAAGAUAUAUAUUUAAAAAAAAAUAAAAAAUAAAACAAAAAAGUUGAAGUUUCAGUUAGAAGUCUAACUGAAAAAGUUUUUGCUGCCCUCUUGUGGUAGAAAAAAUAUAUUCUCUUUUUUCUCUUUUUAAGAUUGUCUAGUAAAGAUUUAAAAGCAGCUUCUGUUAAUCCAUCUCGUCCAUUUUCAGGGAAAAAAAAAAACAAAUAAAAAUGUCUUAUUGCUUAUGUCAUGCUCUAAGAUGGAGAUAAUGUGUUUAUGAAUAAUUUAUUACCUCACAAGCCAAAAAUGAAGAUAUUACAGCUCUAUUAAAACUUAAAUUUUAUUCCUUCUAAAUAAUCUUCCCUGAAAUACAAAAGGUACUCCAGAAACAAAAGUUUGUUAUUUUAAAAAUGUUAAAGCAGAUUGCUGUCAGAUAUCAAAGUUCCCUAUUUUAAUGUUAACAAAUAAGAAAAUUGUUUCACGAGUUCACUUAACUCCCAAGAUGUCUAGAAUGCUUUUUCCUUCAUAAAGAGUAUCAAAAGUUUUUAUUUUCGAAAAAUGCUUGUUUCUUGAAGUCUUUCCUUCUCCUUUUCAUUUAGUGAUUGCCUUUCUAAAGUGUGAAGUUUUGUUGAGAUUUUUGUUUUUUUUAUUUUUAUUUAUUUUUUAAAUUUCUUUACAGUGUUCCAGCAUUCAUUGUUUAUGCACCACACCCAGGGCUCCAUGCAAUACGUGCCCUCCUUAAUACCCACCACCAGGCUCACCCAACCUCCAAAACCCUCAGUUUGUUUCUCAGAGUCCACAGUCCCUCAUGGUUUGUCUUUUAAAUAAAAAUUAAAAGUGAGAGAAUUACACAUGAAAAAAAUUAUAAAUAUUUAUUUAAAUGUAAACCUUAUUCAUUUCAGUUCUCAAAGUUAGCUUAUAGGGUAUAUAACUCAGAAAGUCCAAGUGUUGAUAACUUGUAAUGACUUGCAAUUUCAUUCAAAAACUAAGAAAUACAUAGAUUUCUUAAAAAAAAAAGUUUAAAAAGUUCAUUUGUUAAGCCACCAAGCUCCAAAAGGUCUAAAGCGUGGAAAUACUUUGAAAAUUAACAUUCUCUGAAAAAUACAGUUGCUGUUUGCCCAUGAAUCCACUGGAGGUCAUUGCUGCCCACCAAUAUUAACUGAACACAGCAUAUUUAUCAGUAAAAUCCUGCCCAGUUGUAGAGAAGUAGAACCAUAACCACGGAUCACAGGGUCUUUAGCAAAGUUUAUGUCCGAAACACUCAAAGUGAACAGAUAAGUCAAUAAAGCACAAUUUACUGAAAACAUUCUGCCAUUAUACAAGAAAAGGGAAAGUGGGGUUUUUUCCUGUAUUCAGAUUUCUUUUUUUAAGUAAGGCAGAUAACACAUACGUUGUUGCCAUUUUUGUCCAACUGAAGAGAUAAGACUGAGGACAAUAACUUUUCUGUGAUAUAAGUCUUAAGAAUUAAAUAUACCUUGAAGCUGUUCAAGUAAAUGAGAUGACUAGUAAGAGGGGGAGCUUUUUAAAGUGCUAAUUUGAGAGAAUUCUGAUAAGAAAAUUUAGAGGACUCAAGUCCACAAUUUAAAGAGAGCACUACAUUUUCAUACAUAUAUGUGUAUACUUUCCCCUUUUGCUCAGUCUCUCCCCCUUUCUUCCCUCAAACAUGCGUGCCAGUGCAGUGCACAUGCGCGCACACAUCACGACGUACUUUAGAUAAACCGGCAUUGUCCUCUCAAAAAACCAACAACCUAUGUUGCUCUGUCCUUGAGAAUCUGAAACAUACCACAAAACGCAUACCCCGUCUUUUGUCCUGUCUGGUGUCAGAAUUCGAAUUCAGGAUCUCCUUUGAGAAAUGUCCAGGCUUGGAAAAUCACAAAUGGAUUGACCAGAUUUAUCCUCUUUUUCUCGAACUCAGGAAAGGACACGUGUUUAGCUACCUGCAAGACAGGGAGGAAUUAAGAGUGGGCCCUGACCCACUGCAUUUUGCCCAGUCAUGGAUAGACCUGGGGAAGAGAAAUUGUGCCCUUCAGGAGCAAACAUUAGGCUGAGAAAGAGUCAUAACCACCCAUCCUACGUUCAAGGAGGCACCUCCGUAUAAGAUCAGUCUCCUGCUUCUUCAGAUCUCCAGUGUGUUGUGCUCUGUGAAGGAAGAGGUCCUGGGAGUAGAACAAGCCUUGAUACAGAACAGUGUGUUUCUCCUCUUUCAACUUUUCAUCAGCCCUACCGAGUGAGGGGUGUGGAUUUGUUGGCAAAGAGAAUGGCACCUUGAAAAGGCUUUGCUUCAGGAAUUGUGAGAUCUCUUCCAUGUCUAACAUUCUACAUUGCCAUUUUUUCCUUUGUUUUUAUUGCUGAAUAUUUCAAUGCAAAGCUAUGAACUUGGAGAAGCAGGGAUUAAAGUGGAAAUAAACACAAAGAAGAGCUCUGGGGGGGG